GGAGGAGGUUGGCCUAAAGCAAAAGUACGGUCGAUUCUUUUACAUCUGCUUUGGUACUCGCGUACGUGUCUAUGCGAAAGACUCGACCUACCAAAGGACGGACAAAAAGGAUUUAAGGGGGAUGUAUCCCUUACCCGAAGGAAACAUCAUCGCGACGAGAGUCUAUCUUUAUCUACUUUGAAGCUUUCACUGAAGAUACACAUUAUCAUCUAAUCAAGACUUAAUCAAGAACGCGAAUACGUGUUUCAAGACUUCACAAUGGCUGUACAAUUGUCUUCUAUGUUGUGACCACGCUACAUCUGAUACGAGAAACAAGAAGAAAUAAGGUGAACAGAAGAGGAAUUUAGGAUAAUCUUGGCGUGCAAGACGGGUCCGUGAUCAAGUGAAGCGGCUGGACCUCCAUAUUGGGAGGUCGAGGACCGCUCGGUGAAGCGUUUGGGCCUUGGAAGAAGGCCUAACAUAUAUAAAAGAUGAUAGAUCCAAGUUCAUCGGAGGAGGAGAGCGAAGAGGACCAGAGUACUCACCAUGGAGGUGGCGGCGGUGGCCGUGGAGGUAGCGGAAGCUCCCACGGUUCCCACCACCAUCCUGCUGGUGGUCCUGGAGGUGGUACAGUUUCCGGGAGCGUUGGUUCGCUCGCAUCGGGCAUCACCGCGUCUCCUGGUGGCUCGAACCACGUCGGUCCAGCCGGUGGUAUUGGCACACAUGGUCCAGCUCGUACUGCCGGCACGCUCUCACAAGAUUCUGGUUCUGCUCUCGACGUACCAAGUAUUUCGAGUGCAAGAAAUUCUUUGUCACCCUCUAUGAGUGCAGCUCAAGAUGCUGCAAAUUAUUCUCAGAGACCAACCAGUCCUUCGCCGUCUGUUGCUAGUGAAAAAACUGAAGUGGAUUUGCAGGAUAAACAAGAGAGAGAAGAAGAAGAAAGGAAGACCAGGAUACAAUUGUACGUUUUUAUUUCACGAUGCAUUGCUUACCCAUUCAAUGCGAAACAACCGAUGGAUAUGACACGUAGGCAAAUGAAAGUAACGAAGCAACAACUCGAAACAAUCUGCUCUCGCUUUCAGGGUUUCUUGAAAGGUGAAACGCAGAUAAUGGCCGACGAGGCUUUCCGCAAUGCGAUACAGAAUUACUUCGACGUAUUUCUGAAAUCAGACAGAGUAGUUCGAAUGGUACAAAGCGGUGCUUGUUCCCAAUUCGACUUCCGUGAGGUAUUUAAGAAGAACAUUGAAAAACGUGUUCGAAGCCUCCCGGAAAUCGACGGGCUGAGCAAAGAGACUGUGCUUACGUCCUGGUUGGCCAAGUUCGAUUGUAUCAUCAAGGGGACAGGUGAUGAAGACACAAAGAGGCCUUCCAGGAUGCAACAGCAGUCUUUGAACUCGGAAUUGAUAUUGUCGAAGGAGCAGUUGUACGACAUGUUUCAGCAAAUCCUUGGAAUUAAGAAGUUUGAACAUCAGCUUCUGUUCAACGCCCUCCUGUUGGACUCAGCCGACGAACAGGCUGCCGCCAUCAGGAGGGAGCUGGACGGUCGCAUACAAAAAGUCAACGAAAUGGAGAAGAACCGCAAGCUCAUGCCGAGGUUCCUCCUGAAAGAGAUGGAGUCGCUCUACAUCGAGGAGCUCAAGUCGUCUAUCAACCUGCUAAUGGCUAAUUUGGAGUCGUUACCGGUCUCCAAGGGUUCGAUAGACAGCAAAUACGGGCUGCAGAAGCUGAAGCGCUACAACUAUCGUGGUGAGCGCUCCCGCUGCCGCGGUCAGGGUUCCCUCGCUAAACUGGAGGGCGACUCCGCUGAUUCCGAUCCCCAGCUGUCAAAAAUAGACGUCGGCCUGACUUUCCAAUUGGAAGUAGUUGUUAUGGAGGUCAAAGGCCUAAAGAGUCUAGCACCCAAUAAAAUAGUUUAUUGCACUAUGCAAGUGGAGGGUAGCGAGAAGUUACAGACUGAUCAAGCCGAAGCGUCCAAACCAAUGUGGGAUACUCAGGGCGAUUUUACCACGAUGCAUCCUCUCCCCGUAGUGAAAGUUAGACUUUACACAGAAAAUCCAGCUGUAUUGGCUUUGGAGGAUAAGGAAUUGGGAAAGGUUGUAUUGAGGCCAACUCCACUUUCAUGCAAAGUACCAGAAUGGCAUCGAAUGAGGGUACCAAAGAAUAAUCCUGAUCAAGAUCUCCGUAUGAAGAUAGCUUGUCGAAUGGAUAAGCCGUUGAACAUGAAACACUGUGGUUAUCUUUACGCUCAGGGCAAGUCUGUAUGGAAAAAGUGGAAGAAGCGAUAUUUUGUGUUGGUCCAAGUCUCGCAGUACACAUUUGCGAUGUGCUCGUAUAAAGAAAAGAAAAGCGAGCCGUCGGAAAUGAUGCAGCUCGAUGGCUAUACCGUGGACUAUAUCGAAGCUAUUUCCGCUAAUCUCAUGGUCGGCAUGGAUUUAGAAGGCGGAAGGUUCUUUUUCAACGCGGUACGUGAAGGUGACAAUAUAGUCUACGCCUCGGAUGACGAAAACGAAUGCCAUUUAUGGGUAAUGGCUAUGUACAGAGCGACAGGACAGUCGCACAAGCCGACACCACCAGUAUCCGUGGCAGACAAGAAUUCAACGAUUAGCAAAAUUCAAGGAGAUGCUGACAGAGCUAAGAAACAUGGAAUGGAAGAUUACAUUAGUGCGGAUCCAUGUAAAUUCGAUCAUCAUGCACUUUUCAAAUUUCUACAGAAUUUAAUCCUGGACUACAGACUGAACGAUCCUUAUUGCUCCUUGGGUUGGUUCUCUCCUGGUCAAGUUUUUGUGCUUGAUGAGUAUUGUGCUAGAUACGGUGUGCGUGGCUGCUUCCGUCAUCUUUGUUACUUACACGAUCUUCUAGACAGAGUCGAUCGUGGACUUAUGAUAGAUCCAACGUUGCUACACUUUAGCUUUGCUUUUUGUGCUACUCACGUUUAUGGUAACACCACGGAUGGCGUGGGUUCUAUCACUCACGAGGAAAAAGAUAAAUUUCAGGAGGUCAAAGAGAGACUUAGGAAAAUCCUUGAAAAACAAAUUACAAAUUUCAGAUAUAGCUUUCCAUUUGGACGACCAGAAGGUGCUUUAAAGUCUACCCUAUCUCUUUUGGAACGUGUCUUGAUGAAGGAUAGUGUAACACCAGUUCCGCAAGAAGAAGUUAAGGGCUUGAUCAAGUCCUGUUUAGAAACGGCAGCUCUCGUAAAUUACACGAAGCUGUCGGCGGAAGCUAAGAUCGAAGAUGAUUUCAGUGGCGAGGUUUGCGUACCUCCUAGCAAAAAGUUGGAGGAUUUGAUACACCUUGCCGAAUUGUGCGUCGAUCUCCUCCAACAAAACGAAGAGCAUUAUUCGGAGGUAACUGUACCGCAGGCGUUCGCCUGGUUUAGCGAUCUCAUGGUGGAGCACGCCGAGAUCUUUUGGUCGCUUUUUGCUGUCGACAUGGAUAAGGUCUUGGCUGAGCAACCACCUGAUACCUGGGACAGUUUCCCACUGUUCCAGAUUUUGAAUGAUUAUCUUAGAACAGAUGACAACUUGAAGAAUGGAAGGUUUCAUCAACACUUGCGUGACACGUUUGCUCCGUUGGUCGUACGAUACGUCGAUUUAAUGGAAACAUCAAUUGCUCAGUCCAUUCACAAAGGAUUCGAAAAAGAACGUUGGGAGAUCAAAGGAAACGGUUGUGCAACCUCCGAAGAUCUUUUCUGGAAGCUCGAUGCUUUGCAAUCGUUUAUCGGUGGCUUACAUUGGCCAGAUCAAGAAUUUCGACAACACCUAGAGCAACGAUUGAAACUGAUGGCCUGUGAUAUGAUAGAAUCUUGCAUUCAGAGGACAGACACGGCUUUUCAGCAAUGGCUUAAAAAGGGUGUGACGUUUACAUCGACCGAUUAUAUAAUACCAUCUGAAAUGUGUGCUAUGGUGAAUGUUAUUUUGGAUGCAAAGAAUCAGAGUUUCAAACUUUGCACUGUCGAUGGCGUCGACGUGCAUCAAUAUCAUUCGAAGAUCGAUGAUCUAUUAGAAAAAACUUCAGCCGCAAUGAACCAGGGAAUGAUUAAUAAAUUAGUUACAGUUUUGGAAACAACAUUGUCCAAGUUAUCUCGUUACGAUGAAGGAUCUCUUAUCGGUUCUAUCCUUAGCUUUACGAAGGUGUCGGGAAGCGGUAAGGAAAUGGGUCAAGCGUACGUUAAUUUCACAAGGAAUUGUAUGGAUCAGAUUCGUAGCAAAGUACUCGACGAAUUAUGGAUUUUGACUUUCUUCGAGCAAUGGUACACCGCACAAAUUCAAAUGCUGUGCACGUGGCUGUCCGAGAGACUAGAUCAUAGUUUACAUCUUUAUCAAUGUACCUGUCUCGCUCACAUCGUUAAGAAGAUCUAUUCGGACUUUGAGCUUCAAGGUGUGAUGGAGGAAAAGCUCAACUCGAAGACAUAUCAGACUAUAUCCAAAAGGAUGCAGACGGAAGAAGCAACUUGUGCCUUAACCAUGAGCGCUCAGAACGAAGAAGGACUUUCCGAAAAUGGUAACGACGAAGACGUGGAAAGACCAAAAACAAAGGUGACGAUCGUGGAAACGAUGGGAGGAGAAGAUGCGAACUAUGUAGCAAAUAUCAGCAACGUAACUUCUAACGUUGUUGGCAAAGUCGGCAGUAUGUUCGGCAAGGGUAUCGGUGGUCUCUCUGGCAAAUUUGGUGGUGCCACCAGUUGGUUCUAGUUAUUAUUUCUAGUAUUCUGCCAGUAAACUUUAUAUUUGUCUAGAGGAAUGUUCCUUCGUUAUAAGUAAAUAAGACAUACAGACGGACGGACAGACAAACGGACAGACGAUAAGAGAAAGGGAGAGAAAGAGAGAGAAAGAUAGAGAGAAAGAAAAAGAGAAAGAGAGAACUCAGGUGACAGGACUUCUAAUACAUAAAUAUAGCACAGUAUUUUAAACGUAUACAAUGAUUUAGAAUUUCGUCCAUACAGCGAAUUUUCCUGAUUAAAUGUUUUAAUCGGUCGGGAACUCUUUCGAUUUCUCGCAGUUUGAUUAUGAAAUUCAACA